CUCUUAUCACUUGCGCCUCUUUAUUCAUCUCAUUCCCCUCUGCUGCUGCUGCUCGGGCUGCCAUGGAAGCGACUUCGCGCAACACAAAGCGAUUGACUUUAACGAUGUGUUUCUUACAUUACCCCGCGCUCUCAUCAUAGCAGCCCCUAAACACACAGCAACCGCCUGUGGAUAAAACUGUCAGCUUGGAGGCCAGCAGAUCUUAUUAAUAACUCAUGGCGAUUUUAGGAUGUGCUUGGCGAUUGCUUCAUGGGGGUCUUGUGAGGAGAGAUGGCGGCUUUCUCUCUUAUUGACUUUUACUGAUGAAUUGCGGAUAAAGGGUCGUUGUUGUGUUAAGGGGAUGGAGGUAGGUGAAGGGAAAGAACAGCUGGACGCAUUUCAACUUCACCAGCUGACGAACCGCCAGGAAACGCCAUUGAUUGCGAUUAAGCGCAGUUGGGUUUGUUCUAAGACAUCCCAAUUAUCUCCUAUGCUACUGACUAAGCGCAGCUUUCCCCUCCUCCUUUAUACAAGCCCGGCUCAUCCCCUCCCAUUCAAUCCUACAGCAAUCGGAUGCAGUCGCCCUGGACUGGAGUUUCUUUAAGUCGCUCGGAGGCUUGAGAUUAAAAGUGGUUCUGCGCAGUCGACAGCUCCUGGGAGUUUUCCAUGAGGGUCGUGAAAUUGCACAAUACUUAGCGCUGAGGCGCAAACUCCGCUGCUGAUUAUUGACCCAGUCUCUUCUGCUGUCCGCAGCGCUGGAAGCGGCACUUUCCCAUAGGAUCCUGCGAGGCCGGUGCUGCUGUCCAUGGUGCUGAAUGUUCUCAAGCGCUGGACGAGACUUCUGCAGAGCGAUUCCCAGCAGCAGGCGACCCCCCAUUAACCCUGUAUGGCUGGGAACCAAAAAACACUCGCCACCGCUUAUCUGGGCUCCUGCAACACAGACAAGAAAUCCGACCCCAGCACAUACACAACAUCAUUGCACAAAGGUUUAGCGCCUCCCACUGGAUAUAACUGGCAGUUUGUAGAGACCACCAGGAGCCUGAACUACAUAACUGGACUUCUGCCCAUACAUUUAUAUCCUUUUUAUCUGUCAGUGGGGUUACAGGCCCUGCUUCUGGGAAAGUUCUUCUGUAUCUCAUACAGCUGAUCCCAUAUAUAUAUAUAUAUAUACAAACUGAUUGAUUGAUCUGAAUACUUAACUGGAAAAUCAAAUAAGAGCAAAGAACCUAGUGUACCUUUCUGCCAAAGUGGUUUAGUCUGUCUCCAUAUGGUUGGCUGACCCAGGGAACUCUCAUUUCCCCAGUCGAGGGGGGGGAGUGGUCACACUCUUCCCCUGAGGACCUGGAGAUCAAACUCAGUUCUGGAUUUCUACAUUCCAUGCUGUGGUCACCAGGGAAGGAUCUAAGAAUCAAGGGGAAACUGGAGCUGCUUAGCAGGGGAGAAGGACAGUCAUGGGGAAAUGUGACUGGAGAACUGUCCUGGAGAAAACAGCUCUACUCCUCUCCAUAAUCACCAGCUUCAGGGUCAGCUCCAACCACCUCUCCGAUAACCAAGUUGUGCUUCUUGAUACCACGACAGCUAUUGGUGAACUUGGAUGGAAGACAUAUCCAUUAAAUGGGUGGGAUGCCAUCACAGAAAUGGAUGAAUACAAUCGUCCCAUUCAUACUUAUCAAGUCUGCAAUGUGAUGGAGGCAAAUCAAAACAACUGGCUUCGAACAAACUGGAUAUCCCGGGAUGCAGCACAGAAAGUGUUUGUGGAAAUGAAAUUUACACUAAGAGACUGCAACAGCAUCCCCUGGGUUGUUGGAACGUGCAAGGAAACAUUCAAUUUGCAUUAUAUGGAGUCAGACGAUGCUCAUGCGGUCAAGUUCAAACCAACCCAAUAUAGCAAGAUUGAUACGAUUGCUGCUGAUGAGAGCUUUACACAGAUGGAUUUAGGGGACCGGAUUCUAAAACUUAACACAGAAGUUCGGGAAGUGGGACCUAUCACCAAGAAAGGAUUUUACCUAGCAUUCCAGGAUAUUGGGGCCUGCAUUGCAUUGGUCUCUGUAAGAGUCUACUAUAAAAAAUGUCCCUACAUGGUGCGAAAUUUGGCAAUGUUUCCAGAUACUAUCCCUAGAGUAGAUUCAUCAUCGCUUGUGGAAGUACGAGGUUCUUGCAUAAAAUAUGCAGAGGAAAGAGACACUCCCAAAUUGUACUGUGGUGCUGAUGGCGAUUGGCUUGUUCCUCUUGGACGCUGUGUCUGCAGCAUUGGCUAUGAGGAAGUGGAUGGAUCUUGCCACGCAUGCCGCCCAGGAUUCUACAAGGCGUUUGCUGGAAAUAUCAAAUGUUCCAAAUGUCCUCCACACAGUUUCACCUAUGUUGAGUCAACAACCAUGUGCCAGUGUGAAAAAGGUUUCUACAGAGCUGAGAAAGACCCUCCAUCUAUGGCAUGUACAAAACCACCUUCAGCUCCAAGGAAUGUAAACUUUAACAUGAAUGAAACAGCUCUUUAUUUAGAGUGGAGUCCACCUAUUGACACUGGUGGAAGAAAGGAUCUCAUGUACAAUAUUCUCUGCAGGAAGUGCGAUCCAAGCCAAUGUGAACUCUGUGGUGGUGGAAUUCGUUUUGUUCCUGCACAUUCUGGCCUGCAAAAUGCUUCAGUCACUGUGCUUGAUUUCUUAUCUCAUGUGAACUACACAUUUGAUAUUGAAGCAACAAAUGGUGUUUCUGAACUUAGCUUCUUCCCCAAACAAUAUACAUCCAUCAUAAUUACAACUGACCAAGAAGCCCCUUCAUUAAUUGGCAUGGUGAGAAAAGACUGGGCAUCGCAAAACAGCAUUGCGCUCUCCUGGCAAGAACCAGACUAUCCUAAAGGGCUUAUUUUGGACUACGAGAUCAAGUAUUAUGAGAAAGACUACCCCCGGAUAGCGCCGGCAUUUUGGCACUACCUGCGGGUAGAAGAGCACGAGCAGCUCAGCUAUUCCUCUACGAGAUCCAAAGCCCCGAGUGUUAUUAUCACAGGCCUCAAGCCGGCCACCAAGUACAUAUUUCACAUCCGUGUCCGAACUACAGCAGGGUACAGCAGCUAUAGCCAUAAGUUUGAAUUUGAAACUGGAGAUGAAACAUCUGAUCUGGCUGCAGAACAAGGCCAGUUUCUCGUAAUAGCCACGGCGGCUGUUGGAGGAUUUACACUUCUGGUCAUUCUCACUCUGUUCUUCCUAAUCACUGGGAGGUGUCAGUGGUAUAUUAAAGCGAAGAUGAAAUCGGAAGAGAAAAGAAGAGCCAAUUUACAAAAUGGACAUUUGCAAUUUCCAGGUGUGAAAACCUACAUUGAUCCAGAUACUUAUGAAGACCCUUCCUUAGCUGUCCAUGAAUUUGCCAAAGAGAUAGAUCCUUCCAGAAUACGCAUUGAAAGAGUAAUUGGAGCAGGAGAGUUUGGAGAGGUCUGUAGUGGAAGAUUAAAGACCCCAGCGAAGAAGGAAAUCCCAGUGGCCAUUAAAACUUUAAAAGGAGGAUAUGUGGACAGGCAAAGAAAAGAUUUUCUGCGAGAAGCGAGUAUCAUGGGACAGUUUGAUCACCCAAAUAUUAUCCGACUGGAAGGUGUUGUCACAAAAAGCAGACCAGUGAUGAUUGUGGUUGAAUACAUGGAAAAUGGCUCCCUCGAUUCAUUCCUGCGGAAACAUGAUGGACAAUUUACAAUUAUCCAACUGGUGGGAAUGUUAAGAGGAAUUGCCUCUGGAAUGAAAUACCUUUCCGAUAUUGGUUACGUACACCGGGACCUCGCUGCCAGGAAUAUCCUCGUCAACAGUAAUUUAGUAUGCAAAGUUUCAGACUUUGGACUUUCUCGGGUGUUAGAAGAUGACCCAGAUGCUCUAUAUACAACAACAGGUGGCAAGAUUCCUAUACGGUGGACAGCUCCAGAAGCAAUUGCGUUCCGUAAGUUUUCUUCUGCCAGUGAUGCCUGGAGCUAUGGCAUUGUUAUGUGGGAAGUGAUGUCAUAUGGAGAAAGACCCUACUGGGAGAUGUCAAACCAGGAUGUCAUUUUGUCAAUAGAAGAAGGUUAUCGGCUUCCUGCACCCAUGGGCUGCCCAGUCUCACUCCAUCAGCUAAUGCUUCAUUGCUGGCAAAAAGACAGGAAUAUUCGGCCCAAGUUUUCAGAUAUUGUUAGCUUCCUGGACAAACUUAUCCGCAACCCCAGUGCUCUGCACAUUCUCGUGGAAGAUGUCCUUGGAAUGCCUGAAUCACCAGGUGAUGCACCAGAAUACCAUUUUGUGGUCACAGUAAGCGAGUGGCUUGAAUCCAUAAAGAUGGGUCAAUAUGCCCAUAAUUUUAUGGCUUCGGGGUUCACAACGCUGGACGUGGUUUCGAGAAUGACCAUUGAUGACAUAAGAAGAGUUGGCAUCACGCUCAUUGGACACCAGAGAAGAAUAGUGACCAGCAUACAGACUUUACGACUACAGAUUAUGCAUAUACAGGAAAAAGGAUUCCAUGUAUGAACUUAGUAGAAACAACUGUUUUGUGCCUCAGCAUUUCUUUAACAGAAGAUAUUCUUAUGCCUCAUUACGGACUUUCCCCCCAUCUCUAGAUGAUCAAACUCCUUAUAAAAAAAAAAGAGAGAGAGAAGAAAAUGCUUCAA